AUGGGCUCCCGACUAGAGAAGAAUUCAGAUGCUGUACGGAAGCGAAUCCAAGGCCAUGCCUUCGAUGAUGAGGAAGGUGAAGAGUACGAAGGCAGCACCUUCGGAGGCUUCAGCGACUAUAUGCGCAGGAAGAAGCUCAAAUUACAGAAUCUGGAUGCCGACCUCCGUGCUCAGACAAGCCAGAAUCCUCAGAUCUUUCGAGGCAUAGUUGCACAUGUUAAUGGCUAUACGCAACCAUCAUUGGCCGAUCUCCACAAGCUCAUCGUCAGUCAUGGCGGCGGUUUUCUGCAGUAUCUGGAUGGCAAGACAGCAGUCACGCAUGUCAUCGCGAGUCAGCUCACUCCGAAGAAGAAAGUCGAGUUCGCCAAAUAUCGCAUUGUGAAGCCGGCAUGGAUCGUGGACAGUGUCAAAGCCGGGAAGCUGCUUCCGUGGAACGACUAUCGAGUCGUAGAUGAAGGUGUCAAGCAGAAGGUGUUGGGUUUUGAGAAUGGUAGCGUUGUCAGCCAAGCAAGCACCCAGCGCAGGGGCUACCGUGAUCAGACGGAAACUAGCUGGUACACCUCACAGAUGAGGCAUGAGAAUGGUGACACCGAGGAACCACCAGAAGCACCGCCGCCCUUUGCUCCGGAGCCGGGCAAACCUCGAGAAAUGCAGAGUCCGGUGAUACCUGCAUCACCUGCGGUCGAGGCAGACGACUUCCCAGGAGUGUCGAGCAUUGGAGAAGCAGAUCUUUUGGCGGCAAUGGAAGACGUGCCAGACGCGGAUGCAAGCUUUGACGAAGACGACGAUGGUGAGCUGAUGAGACCGCCACCUCGGCUCGACCCUGUGCCUGCUCGUUCCCAAUCAAAGCCUGUGCUGCCCCCAGUACAAUCCGCAGACGUACCACCUAUCACUCAGAGGAGACCAUUAACGCCCGAAGAGUAUAACGCGAUGUUAUGGCAGGACGCAGGCGGGCAACCUAGCGCUCAGAAGAAACCCCUCACAGCCGAAGAACACAAUGCCAUUUUGCUGCAGAAUCCACACAUGGCCAAAUCAAGCACAGCGAACCCUGAUUUUAUCAAUCAGUACUAUCGCGAAUCACGAUUGCACCAUCUCUCGACCUGGAAAGCUGAUCUGAAAGCUCAGUUACAAGCUCGUGCUCAGGAGAAGUCAUCGACACAGCGAACGCGGAGCAAGGCACCUGGUGCACGCCGUUACGUGCUUCAUAUUGAUUUCGACAGCUUCUUUGCGGCAGUCAGCCUUCGGCAGAACCCGCAUUUGGUGGACAAGCCGGUAGUGAUUGCUCACGGUAGCGGUCCAGGGUCCGAGAUCGCCAGCUGCAAUUAUCCAGCGCGGAAAUUUGGGGUCAAGAAUGGCAUGUGGAUGAAGACAGCACUCGAGCUGUGUUCAGAGUUGAACGUCCUACCAUACGACUUCAAAGCAUAUGAAGAAGCCAGUCGACACUUCUACGACUCUAUUCUUGCGGUCGAAGGCGUUGUACAGAGCAUCAGCAUCGAUGAGGCACUGAUAGAUGUUUCCGAGCAAUGCAUCAAGGCUGGCGGCUCUGAUGGGAAAGGAAUAUCAGAAGGUUCGAUCUAUCGCGAGCAAGAGAAAGCUAAGCAGAUAGCAUCAAGCAUUCGUGAUGCCGUGCGAGACAAGACUGGCUGUGAGGUCUCUGUCGGCAUCGGUAACAACAUCUUGCUUGCCAAAGUCGCUCUGCGGAAGGCCAAACCAGCCGGUCAGCACUUGAUCAAGCCAGAAGAGGUACUCGCCUUUCUGGGAGAGCUUGAGGUCACGGAUCUACCAGGUGUAGCCUGGAGUAUAGGGAAGAAGCUAGAAGAGAUCGGUGUAAAGUACGUAAAGGAUAUCAGGGAGCUUAACAAGGAGCGGCUAAUCUCGGCGCUGGGCCCGAAGACUGGGCAGAAGCUGUGGGACUACUCACGGGGCAUCGACAAGCAAGAAGUCGGCGAACAAGUCAUACGCAAAUCAGUCUCGGCAGAGAUCAACUGGGGCAUUCGCUUCAUCAACCAGCAGCAAGCCGAAGACUUUGUGCAAUGCCUGUGCGAUGAGCUCUCGAAACGACUCCUCGAGAAUCUGGUGAAAGGCAAACAAAUGACCAUGAAGAUCAUGCGUAAAGCAGCCGAUGCAGGCAUGGACCCACCGAAGAAUCUGGGACACGGCAAGUGCGACACUUUCAACAAGAGUGUCGUACUUGGUGUGGCUACUACAGACAAAGCAGUCAUCGGCAAGGAAGCCAUCUCGAUCUUGCGAAGCUACGGCUUCUCCCCUGGUGAGCUGCGCGGAUUGGGUGUUCAGAUGCAGAAGCUGGAGCCUCUGAAGCCAAUGGCAGCCAGCACGAGCACCGUCGAAAGCAGCCAGAGGCGGUUGCAGUUCAAAAAGCCUGCUGCUGUACCCGCCACAACACCGCUGAAAACGACGACCGAGACCGAGGAGUUCAAAUCCUCGCACAAGAAGACUCGACCAAAGCUGGCAGAUGAGCCAGAUCCGAUCGAGGAGAUUGCGAACCCGAAGAAGGAAAGAACUGUCCGUCUGAUGGAAGGACCGAUCCCUCUUCCACUAGAAACGUCUGUCAAGCACCGACCUUGA